AUGAAACAACCUGACGUUGGCCAUAAGGGACCUUCAGAAAACCAACGACCAGGAGGGAAUACUCAGUCUCUUCUUCAACCUGCCAGUCCAUCACAACCAGUAGCAGGAGAUAGAAACGAUGGAGCCCCUUCUCCAUCAGCAAAUCAGAACGAUCAAAUUCAAGGUGGAGGUAAAGCGGAUUCGCAGGGUAACGUACAAGUGACCGAAAGAACGGAAUCAGGAAAUAAUGGUGGAUCCAAUUCUGGAAGUGAAAAGAAUACUGUUGGCUCUCUCACUGCAGAUGAACCCAAUGCUAAUAGUGAAGAACAGAAGUGUGAAAAUGCACCAACUUCCCCCAAUAAGAAUGGUACGCAAGGUACUAACGAUGCAGACACCAGUGGUACACAACCUCAAGAAGAACCCGGCACAGAACCAUCUACUCCUUCAGCAUCUUCGCACACUAAUGGAGCCGCAGGUAGUGAGAAUUCUGCACAGACAUCAACAAAUAACUCAGCGAGUACGAACUCUGAAACUUCAACUACACCCAGUAAUGAGGACUCAACCACCACCACCACCACCACAACAACAACAACAACACUUCCUCCUGAACUCACAAACAACAAGAAGGGUGAUGCAGACAGCAGCAGCAGCAGCAGUAUCAGCAGUUCUGUGUGGGUGCGUGUACCACUACUGAUUGUGGUUACACUGGCCUGUAUUCUUGUGUGCUGA